CAAUUAAAUUGCACAACUCAAAACAUAAACAACAGCUCGGCAGCAUCGACGAUUUGUUGUCAGUGGGGGAGUUGACUAGACUAUUUUCUGUGGCUAAUCAUACCGGAUUUUAUAUGAAAACUACCUUGUGAAAAUACUACAAUAGGCAGAAAUGGGGUGCGGUGCGUCCAACUCCAUGAGUGUGCCGUCAGGGCCGUCCGAAUACCGAUACGCCGUUCAGCAAACAUGGGAUAAGGUAUCCAAGACCUGUGACCGCAAGAGCAGGCGCAAGAAAUUAGUCAUUAAACGAUCUGGAUGGAAAACUAUACGGGUAUUUGUCUCCUCCACUUUCAAGGACUUCCAUGCGGAAAGAGAAAUACUCGUUAAAGAAGUUUUUCCUGAUUUACGUCAGUGGUGUGAGAAGCGACGUUUACAUUUAGUCGAGUGUGAUCUUCGAUGGGGUGUACCAAAAGAUACAACUUCUGAAGAAACAUUACGAACUUGCCUUGGAGAAAUUGACCGAUGUUACCAAGACAACGUCUAUCCGUACUUCCUCAAUCUUACCAGUGAACGUUGCGGUUGGAUUCCGACACACAAUGACGUGUCAGACUCGCUAGUACGGGAGUACAAGUGGAUCGAAGGCUUGUCUGUUACCGAGAUGGAGAUACUACAUGGGGCCUACAGGAUCGAUAAUCCUAAUUCAUUGUUUAUGGUUCGCAAUUCAACUUUUUUGAAAACAAUACCUGAAGAUCAUGUUGGGGACUUCAAAGAUCCAAACCCAAUAGCUGCACAUAAGCUGGAGGUACUAAAACAGAUGCUAAAGACACGAUUGAAAGAUCGUGUAAAAUGGUACGAUUGUGAAUAUGCUGGCAUUGAUGAAGAUGGCAAAGUUGAACUUAAUGGACUGCAAGAAAGCUUUUGUAAAAGUGUAUUUGAAUUCUUCAAGAACCGCAUAGAAGAUCAGUAUCCGCUGUCAGACGGGACUCUUGAUCCGUACCAGCAAGCAAAAGAAGCCCAUGAGUCUUUCCUAAAGAAUCGAGGAGCUCUAGUGCUUGGUAGAAAGGCAAUCCUUGAAAGAGUUGAGAAAUAUGUCACAGAUAUCGGCGUCAACAAUUCACUGGUUAUACUGGGAGGGGCUGGGACUGGCAAAUCAUCCCUAAUGGCCAAGACGGCAGACGUUAGCCAGCAAAUGGCCAUGGCAAAGCAAAUCCCAGGAGGAGGUGACAGUGGUUGGCAUAUAUUUUAUCAUUUUGUUGGUGCAGUACCUGGCUCGACAGAUCUUGAGAAAGCUUUGAAACGACUGUUAAAAGAGUUGGGUGCAGUCAAUGAAGCUACGAUGCCUAAGAAUCUAGAGACAACUUGUCAGAUGACGUGCAGUGUUCUGUCCAACACCAAAACACCUCCAGUGCUGGUCAUCAUUGAUGCUCUCAAUCAGUUUGAUGACGACAAGUCAGGAACCGUCCUACGUUGGCUGCCGAGAUGCCUGGCGCCUCAAGUACGUGUUAUCAUCUCAAUGAUAAAUGACACCCCACCACACAAAAUGCUGCUAGAGAGAUCAAUUAAACCUGAAGAAAUAUUAGUCACACCACUUGAUAUGGAAGCAAGAAAAGAGAUUGUUACUGAGAUGCUUGGCAAAUACAACAAACGUCUUGAUGAAAACCAGAUCAGCAGUUUGUUAUCCAAAGAGUCUUCCCAGAAUCCUCUCUGGCUUGCUGUGGCAUGCGAGGAACUGAGGGUAUUUGGCUUUUUUGAGAGGGUUACAGACAAGAUAAACAGCAUGAAAGAUGGUCUAUUAGAGUUAUUGGAGCAAGUGUUUGAACGUUUUGAAGAAGAAAAUGGUGGGCAGCUUUUGGUAGCAACUUUAUGUUUAUUGGAGACGUCAGCCACAGGUCUGUUGGAAACAGAAUUAUUGCAAAUUCUUGGAGACGAAGAUAACUUGAAACCACAGGAAAAAGAAGGCAAAGACAAAGAUGGUGGAAGGGAGAAGAAGAGUAAGGAUAUAGGUCCGCUACCUGCUGCUAAAUGGGCUGUGGUGUUCCGAGCAUUAAAACCAUUCCUGCGUCCUUUUGGCGAUAGUGGAGAAGGUCGUUUGGAUUUCUACCACAGGGCACUCAGUAAAGCUGUCAGGAAGAAGUACUUUGAUGUUAACACAACUGGGGUAGUGGACCAGCUAUGGUGGCACACCAAACUAGCAGACUUCUUUGAGCAAACAGACAACAUUGAUCGCAAAGUUGAAGAAUUGCCAAUACAUUUGCUGAAAAUUAACAACCCUGAUAAACUGAAGGAUUUCUUGAUGGACUGGAAAAUAUUCGACAAGUUGUACAAUGAAGAAUAUAGUACUUUGCUUUUACGAUAUUGGAGAGAGGGUUGUGGUAAAACAUGGCAAACACAGAUGGAGAAUCGCUACCAAAGCCAGCUUGACCAGAUAGAUAAGAGUGAUGACCCAGAUUUACAACUAUUGGCCAGGAGAUACGAACAGGUUGCCAGGGUUGUUAAUCAAUCUGGUGAAAAUAUGAAAUCGUUAGCAUUGCUGGAAAAAGCCAUGAAGAUCGAGCAGGAUCAUCUGAACAGUAGGCCAGAACGUAUGGUGGAGCUAUACCACCUUGCAGCUACUAUCUACGAUGAUAAACUUAAGCUUUAUGAGUACAUUGACCCCAGUCAACUGAGGGAAUUAAGACCUCUCAUAGACUUUGCUAGAAAGUCUAUAGCUAUAAGAGAGACUCUGGAAGGUGAAAUUCAUAAGUAUAAACUUGGCAAGACUCUGGUGCAGAUGGCAUUUAACCUGGAGAGUUGGCUAGAGUGUGGAGGGGACAACAGCAUGUCUGGGGAGGAAGCAAUUGAAGAGGGGCAGGCCUGCAUUGACAAAGCCAUACAAAUAUUCAAAGAUCUUUGUGAUGAUGGGCAUCUUGCAGAUGCUAUUAUGACAGCAGGAAUUCUACUAGAAAGGGCAAGUGACGAACAACUGGAGAAAUACAUGGAAGCCUUGGAACUCUGCCUUCAAGCAUAUGGUGAGAAUAGCGUACUCACAUCCAGACUCUACCUCAACAUUGGCAUCCUACACGAGGACAAUCGACGCUACUUUGAGGCAUAUGAUUGGUUCAUCAAGUGGCAGAAAGUUAGCGAAGAAGUGUUUGGUUACCAUCAUCCACGUACUCAACGUUGCCGUAAUUGCUUAGCCGAGUCUCGUUACGUGUAUGUCAAGAGAGAACUUGAACGUCGUAGUAAGAUCGGCGAUUCAAACAACCCACCACCUGACAAUAACAUUGAGAGUGGGGACGAGAGUGAAGAAGAGGGUGAUGAGUGAUCAGUUUACAAGGGAUUCAGUUACAGGUAGUUUAUCCAAAUUAAAAUAUUUCAGGUCUCCUUCUUGGAUAAGCUAAAUGCUGGAUAAAACAAUAGCUGCAGAUGUUUCUGGACUUGGGUAUUUUAAUAGGUCCGCCCAAAGAGUAUAUAGAACAAGAGAGUGUAUUCCUCUUCGUUAAAACGUCACUCCCCUUGUUACGAUAGAAGUCGCCAUCGUCGUUAUGUAGUGCGCCUACUAUGAUCACAUAAAGUGCGGCCACUUCCAUGGUAUGAUGAUAAAGAAAAAUAAGGAAAUUUAACCGCCCUCUACGAAUGUAUUUUAUCAUGUGGAAAACAGCAAUACAAAUAAACAAACUAUGCGCGGUACAUUACUAGGUAAUCCAUCGGUAGCGGGCGUCCUACUCUGGCUGCGUAUGACAUAUCGUUUUCUACGUUCUCAAUGAGCAUAGUUUGCUCUUUUGUUCUAUUUAUACUCUUUGGUCCAACUUAAGUUAAUUAAUCAUUGAUUGAUAAAGAAAGUGCCAUUAACACUCUGACUGCCAGGGAUUUGAAAAAAUAGUGUCAGCUUUAACACUUUUCCGAAGCUCAUUGAGAGUGCGUAUGUGAUCAGAUUGACAGCAAAUUGAAAAUGACUCACUUUUGGAGAUUUACGCAAUUUGGCACAACGGAGCUCAGAUAAUCAUGAUUUCGUGAAAGUAAAUCAAUACCUCUCUGUGCUAAUGUAAACAAACAAAUAGUGAAAUACUUACAGUCCAGACUGAAUAUAGUGUUCAAAUUGUUAGUACAUGUACAUCUGCAUAACAACCUGAAAAACGGAGAUCUCUGUGUUUGGUGGGCAGAGUGUUAAUCAUUGAUUGAUAAAGAAAAUGCCAAACUCCAAUUUUAUUAGUAACAAAUUUAGAUUGCUAUAAUACUACUGGUAACGAUAAUACAAAAUAAUUAUCUCUAUGAAUAUGAAUAUGUUUGUUGAUACACUUACUAUUGCAAGUAAAAAGAACCAUCCAUCCAGAGGGCAGCAGACUUGCAUGUCAACGCCCACAUAUGUACCUCUUAAUUAUUUUUAACCUUUGUAAACACAAUCAUAUAAUGUGCUAUUAUAUAAUAUUUUUAUAUUGUACUUACAGAUACUGCAAUUACAGUUAAUAAUAACAUAGUAGAACAAAAAAUUACUUAAUUAUUAUCUAACCUGUUGUUAUAAUAAUAACAUUUUUUUUUUUUUUUAAACAGAUUUUUAAAAAUCAUGAUUUAUAAGUUUGAGCCUGGUUUGCUUGCGCCUGCAUCCACUAGAAAUUUUUUAAGCACAAAAUAUGCUAAAGUAGUUAAAAAUCACCUAAUACCCACUUUAUUUUGCCAAUUAGUUCCUCCUCACUUUAUUAUCAAGACCUUCAACUUCACUAUCCCCAUCAGCACCACCACCCCCCCCCCCCCCCCCCCCCCUCCACCCUUCAAUACCUCUAGAUACAUCACUAAUCACCAUAGCUAGUCUUUAUUUUGUAAAUAAUACAGGAAUUUGUAUUUGUAAAUAUUUUAAGUAAUUCUUUUUAAAGUUGUUGUGUAGAAUGUGUGUAUAUCACACAAAAUAGUUGUUUUAUAAUAAUAUACAAUUAUGUUAUAAUGCUGUUAAUAUUUUUUAGUAAAAGACUUUGGAUGUUUGGUUAAUGUUUAUGCAAAUUAUGCUGUGCAAUGUGGCUUAUUAAAAUGUUGGGUGUAUUCAUGCAGAACCAUAGCAACUUUAUAUUUGUUGGAUUAACAGUGUGUAUGUUUUCAGCAUUAUCAGCAACAGUUCCUAUUGAUUAUGCAUAGCUAGCAUUUGGACAAGUGUCUGUCCUCUCAUUCUGCAGGCGCGCAUCGUAGUGCUAAAUGUAAACUCACUAGCCUAGAAUUUUCUUCAUGCUGGGAAUUACAAGUACUUUGUACAAGUUGUUUUGACCUUUUGUACAUGAACCGAACAAAGGUUAAGAAAACCAUGCACUAAUGUAAAAUUAAUGCAUGGUUUGGGUUAGGAAUAUAACAUCAUUCAUUCAUUCAUUCUUUAUUCAGCCAAACAUAUACAUUUACAUCGGGAGUUACUGUACAGUGAUGAUGUCACGAAUGACUUGAAACUGUUAAUAUUAUACAGGGAUCUUAAUCAGGUAUAUACGUGUGCUUAACUUUAUAGAUCAGCUACAAUACAAUCCAGUAUCAUAUGUUAUGGCAUACUUUACAAUUUUAAUAUGCUUAUUACCAUAUUAUGUAAAGUCUUGUCAGUAGUGGCAAGAUCAGGGAGAUGCAUCUCCCUAGUAAGAUGUGGAAUUAAUAAUCCUUAUAGUGGCAUUGUUUAUAAAUUGCUGCAUACGUUUACAAAAUAAUAAUCUAUUUACCUCGGUGUGGAUUUUGAAAUAGGUUUGUGAUUCUUUAGCCAUAUAUCAAGAGUGCAAAUUUAUAUAUUAUUUAAUAUUAUUAGAAAGGAAUUAAGAGUGUUGUCAUCGUUUAUAUGGACUAAACAAGUACAUGCUAUUAACAUUGCAAGUAGAGUAUAUUAUUUUGAGGAGUUUAAAGUUUGAAGCCUGUUAAUGUAAAUUUAGUUUUCUUCAGUAAAAAGUCUAUUUUAUAAUUAUUUCUUGUAAAAAUGUUAAUUCCAAGAUUCUCUGUAAAAUAUUCGUUUUCUAAAUUUGAUGUAGAUUAGCAGAUUUCAAUUCCUGAAAAAAAAUGUAAUUAUUUAUGAUUAUAAAGGUUGUCUUUAUCUAUAAUUGUAUUACCGCAUUUAUUAGGUCUGGUGACAGGGGCUCUGCAAAUUACAGAUUUCAAGAUUCUCUGUAAAAUAUUUGUUUUCUAAAUUUGAUGUAGAUUAGCAGAUUUCAAUUCGUGAAAAAAAAUGUAAUUAUUUAUGAUUAUAAAGGUUGUCUUUAUCUAUAAUUGUAUUACCGCAUUUAUUAGGUCUGGGUCUGGUGACAGGGGCUCUGCAAAUUACAGAUUUCCCAGUAGUUAACAGUGUUAAAAACUGAACAAGAAGUUUGUACAACACAUAAUUACUGUAUCAUCGUCUAGGCCUAACUUCAAUGUUGUUUAAUCUUUGCCACAUUAUCUAUGAUUAAUAAAAUGGUCAUACUGUAUAAUCAUGGAGUUACUUGUGCUCCCUGGGAUGAUGAAAUGUGAAUGACCUCUUACCAGUCACCAUCCUUACUUCCAUGCAGAGCUGUCUCAUAAGGCCAAGUAAACCUACCUUUUGGAUUGUCUCCUAAAUUUGAAUAAAUAUUUGUCAACAAAA